AUGGCGCUCGCAACGCCGAUGGCAGGGCGCCUGCAGGUUGCAGCGCUCCGGGACCGCCUGACGUCCCUGCUGCGCGCUUUUGGGCUCGGCGGAGACCCGAGUGAGCCCAUGGAGAUCACGACGUCGGACGGCAAGGAGCUGGCGUUCCACAACCGCACUGCGUGGCAGAUGCUCCUCCAGCGCUACGUCCAGGGCUACAUGCUCCGCCUGUGCGUCGAGGCGCUCCUCAUCCACCUCGGCGACACCGUCGCGGUCGUCGACCCCCACGGCGCGGUCCACCACGCGCACCCGCACGCCCACGCGCGCCGCGCGACCUGGGCCGAUCUCCCCACCGAGGUCGUCGAACACGUCGCCGCGCACAUCGACUCCGGACGCACCCUCGCGACCUUCGCGUGCGUCGAGCGCCGCACGCGCGACGCCGCGGCCAAGGAAGACCUGUGGCGGCAGCGCAUGAUCGCCGAGUUCCCGGAGACCCCGCGGGACGGCGAGGAGCCCCGGUCGUGGCGUGCCGUGUACCGCUACAUGUCGGAGCUGUACGAGCGGGCCGUGCUGGGCCGGGGCGCGGGCGUCGGAGCCGUGCUCGACAGUUUGGGGCUCUCGCUGCCUAGCACGAUGCCGGCGGUCUGA